GAGUUUUCCCUCGCCAGCUAUAUAAACUCAAGCGGAGGCGGUAGACAGCAUUAUCCUCUCUUUCCACAGCAAUGAGACGAAGCUUGGCAGUUGUUUUGGCUCUGGUGGCCGGCGUCGCUCACUGUGACGUCAGCACUAGCUACAGUGCCCCAAGCAGCAACUUUGGAGGCGGCGCAGGAGCCGUAGGAGGAGGCUUCGCCACUGGCGGCCAUGGAUCGUUCGGCGGAGGUUCCAGCGGGGGCAUCGGCGGUGGAGCUUUCGGCGGUUCUUCAGCUGGGUCGUUUGGAGGCGCUGGUGGAGCCGGCGGCGGAGUGAGUGCCACCUACAACGCGCCCUCGACUAGCUUUGGAGGUUCUGGUUCCUCUGGCUUCGGCCAUGGUUCCGGAUCCUUUGGUGGAGCCUCAGGUGGCGGCUUCGGAGGAGGAUCCGGAGUUGGAGUUUCCGGUGGAAGCCUUGGAGGUGGAUCAGUUGGAGGAGCCGCUGUGAGUGCCACCUACAACGCACCCAGCAAUAACUUUGGAAGCUCUGGAGGCUUGUCCAGCGGCGCAGGAUCCUUCGGCGGUGCAGGAUCCUUCGCCAGGCAGGAUCGGCGCGGUGCUGGUGCUUCUGCUGGUGGAUUAAGUGCAAGCUACAGUGCCCCAAAUACUAACUUUGGAGCUUCCGGAGGCUCUGCAGGAGGACAUGGCAUCGGAGUCUCCUCUUCCGGCUUUGGAGGAGCAUCUGGAGGCUCCUUCGGUGCUGGAAGCUCCUUCGGAAGUGGAGCGGGAAGUGCUGGCGUGUCCAACAGCUACUCCCCCCCACGCGGAUAG